AUGGCAGUGUGGGAGCGCAAGCAGGUGACAGCAAGGGAGGCGUGUCUGCAGGAGGCCUUUACUCUCCUGGACGACAGGAGGCAGGGGUGGGUGUCUGCUCGAACCAUCACACAGCUGCUCCGAGCCAUGGAGCCAUUCAAGUCGCAUCCACACGGUGCAAGGCACAUGGCGUCUCUCUUUUUCCGCCUGGACACGCGGGGGGACCUGCGCAUCUGGGCAGACGAGUUCCAAGGGCUGUGCCACGCCCUGGCGCACCAGGCCUCCCUUCUUGAGGCGCCUCCGAAGCAAUGGUUCCAAGGGUGGUUGUGGGGCGGCAUGGGGCAGCUGUUGCACGCGUCCGUUCUUGAGGCGCCUCAGACACAGCAGUUUCAAGGGCUGUGGGGUGGUAUGGGAAUGAAACACCAGGCACGGGAGGUGCUGGCUACAGGAGAAAGGGGAUGGAGCGAAGGGGAGGGGCGAGGGGAAGAGCCCUCCACCUCCAUUUCUGCUGCUUCUGCUCCGCACUUAACCCGUCACAGCUUCUCUGAUUGCCUGUCUUCCCAGCUUGCUGCUACGUCGACCGGCCGUUUGCCACACUCCAAGGUGGCUCAAGGGCUUAGAGAUGGGAUGGCGGCGUGUGAGAGCGCAGGGGUACACACAGCAGCAGCAGCAGCAGCAGCAGCAGCAGCAGCAGCAGCAGCAGCAGCAGCAGCAGCAGCAGCAGCAGCAGCAGCAGCAGCAGCAGCAGCAGCAGCAGCAGCAGCAGCAGCAGCAGCAGCAGCAGCAGCAGCAGCAGCAGCAGCAGCAGCAGCAGCAGCAGCAGCAGCAGCAGCAGCAGCAGCAGCAGCAGCAGCAGCAGCAGCAGCAGCAGCAGCAUGUGCACGUAAUGGUGGUGUGAGCUGUUGGGUGCAGCAGCAGGGAUGGGCGUCGAGGGUGGAGCAGCUUGGGCUCGUGCUCACACUGUUGCUCAUGGCAGAAGCACACAUGGUGACACCCCCCUCCCUCGCCAUGCCAUGCCCUCUUUCUGCCCUUACUUCCUCAUCCACCCUCCCUUGCUCUCCCCUCCCUUCCUCCCUCCCUCCCUCCCUCACUCACUCCCUCCCUCCCUCCCUCUCUCCCUCCCUCCCUCCCUCCCUCCCUCCCUCCCUCCCUCCCUCCCUCCCUCCCUCCCUCCCUCCCUCCCUCGCUCCCUCGCUCCCUCGCUCCCUCGCUCGCUCCCUCGCUCCCUCCCUCGCCCCCUCCCUCGCUCCCUCGCUCCCUCCCUCGCUCCCUCCCUCGCUCCCUCGCUCCCUUGCUCCCUCCCUCGCUCCCUCCCUCCCUCCCUCCCUCCCUCCCUCCCUCCCUCCCUCCCUCCCUCCCUCCCUCCCUCCCUCCCUCCCUCGCUCCCUCGCUCCCUCGCUCGCUCCCUCCCUCGCUCAGGCAUCCCUUACGUCGCGUGUCAUGAUCCCUUCUCCGUCCCAGUCUUUACCCAUCCUCCGUGCACGUGUCCAUUGUCCCUCUCACUCGCAGGGCAUCACUGGUAUCGAUCCGUCACUCCUCAUUGCCGCACAGCUGUUUGUGACCCAUGCUCUCAGGCCAAGCAUGCCUCCGCAUCUCUCUGACGCGCUACACUGGUUGCAAGCUGCACUGCUCUUCCGCUGCCUCCCCCUCCUCCCAUUCUCCCACUACCUCCCUCGUCUACACCUCCUCCUCUCCUCCCUCGCUACCCUCCUCCCCUCCAUCCUCCCCAUCCUCGCCCUCCUCUUCACCACCCUCUCCCUCUUCUCACUCGCCGGUAUGCACCUCUUUGGCGGCCUCCUCUCCUCACACCACCCCCAGCUUCAAACCACAGACUACUUUCAAUCCGGCUUCCUCCCACUCAAUUUCAACGACUUCCCGGCUUCGAUGGCCGUGGCUUUUAACCUGUGUAUCGUAAACAACUGGUAUGUGAUCAUGGAUGGGGUUGCGGCAGUGCUGCCAGCAGAGCAGCAGUGGACGGCGACUGUGUAUUUUGCGCUGUUUUACGUGGUCAUUGUGGUGUUUGUGCUUAAUGUGGUGGUUGCUUUUAUUCUCGAAGCCUUUGUAAAGGAGCUCAGGUAUCCUCAUUCUUCCUCAUCAUUCUUUGGCGAGUUCAUUUCUCAUACUUACUAA